GCGGCGCUCGGAGCCGCCGCCGGGGGCGGCCGGGCCGGAGGGGCCGCGGAGCCCGGGGAGCGCGGGGAGCCGGGCGGCGGCCGGCAAGGCUGGCGCGGAGAGUCGCGGGGCUCGCCGCAGCAGCUGGCGGAGCGGUACGCGGAUCUGGCGGCCAGCCACAGCGAGGCGCUGCGGCAGCGGGAGGAGCGCGAGUGGCACAACGCGCGGCUGCGCCAGGAGAACGUGCGGCUGCGGCUGGAGAACCGCCGCCUGCGCCGCGAGAACCGCUGCCUCUUCCGACAGGCCCUGCUGGGGCCCGGCCCUGACAAGCCCCCUGUCGAGCCGGGCGAAGAGGCGGAGGCCCUGCGCGCCCAGCUGGCGCGGCUGCAGGAGAAGCACCGCCGGGCCCUGCGGCACCUGCGGCGCUGCCGGGCCGCCGGCGGGCAGGAGGCCUCGGUAGCCGAGGACGGCGAGUUGGAUGAGCUGCUGUUGGAGGAGGACGAACAGUCGCUGGAUAAGAAGAGCCUGGUGCCGCCCGUGUAGGCGGCCCGGGGGGAGGGGGCGGUGUUGCUGGGCCCUGCGAGCCCUCCCUGCCCGCUCGCCCUCUUGCCUGUGCCCCCCUGCCCGCCCGCCCGCCCUCAGUCGAAACAGGCCCUUCCCAGAGGAAAGAUGGGGAGGAGUUCGAGUUUCUUAAUCGUUUUUCCUGAUGUAUAUCCAGGAAGCAUUGAGCGUGAUCGAGGAGAACCGGGUUCAUCUGGGAAACCGAUGCUUGGAAGACGAGAGGAAUGCCUCAAAGCAGCUGUUGUUAUGGAGAAAAAAACCGCGCUGAAGAGAACAGAUGAUCUCGUGUCAUCUCACAGCACUGAACUGUGCUUCCUUUGGGGACCAGCUGUGGAUCACCUUCUCUGAGUUAGUGACUGUCAUGUAGGCUUCAAGAGCCAUGGAGACUGGCUAGUUCUUAGUAGUCUCUGUUUGUUAGGAAGGAAGGUGGAAACCUUGUCACUACUCUGGUAGAAGUUGGUGAUUAUUUGAACUAUGAAUUGCCUUGGACACUGGCUGCAAAACAUUAUUUGUAUUUUUAAUGAUGGACCUUGUUCACUAUCACAUGACUAUUGAUUUGAAUUUCACAUUUUCACACAAAACUGCAGCUGAUAAAUAAAAUUAUGACACACCAAAUGA